UUUAAGCUGUGGGGAAGCCUCUACACGGCUCUUCCAAUCGCACCAGAGAGGGAGGGAGAGACAGAGAGAGAGAGAGGAAAGAGUGAGUGUGGCUAUCUUCAAAAAGGGGUGGGAACGUUGAACCUGGAAGUUGAAAAGUUAUUCCCAAGCCUGUAAACAAGAAUCAAAGCUGAAAGAACGUGGUGGCACUAAAACCAACUAGGAGGGGAACUCGGUACAGCCGGACCAGCUCACUUAAAGGUGAAGAAAGGUAAAGAACGAGACCAUUUUCCUAAAUAAAGUUAUCAGUCAAAACCAAAGCAGCUUCAGGAUGGGAGAAGAUGCAGUGCAAGCAGAGAGGAGCAGCAUGGUAAGCUCACAUGAGAACCAAGAGCUGGUGGUGCCAAGCCCCAGCCCCACUCAGUCUUCACCCACACAUAGCCUCUCACAGCUGGGCACCGUCGCAACUCACGCAUCUAGUGGAGAACCUAGCAGCCCUGGGCCUCUGGCUGGGGGAACUACAGGCACUCUAACCAGAGAUGGAGCUUCACCAACAGGUCAAGUGAAUGCCAUCACUGUCUUGACACUUCUAGAUAAGCUGGUGAACAUGCUGGACACGGUGCAAGAGAACCAGCAUAAGAUGGAGAUGAGACAGGUCGAGAUAGAGGGUGCGGUGACAGGCAUCCAAAAUGAUAUGACCAAGCUCUCCAAAAGUCACACUUCCACCUCCAACAUGGUCAGCAAACUCCUGGAGAAGAGUCGCAAGGUCAGUGUCCACAUGAAAGAGGUCAAGGACAAGAUGGAUAAGCAGGCCUUCCAGGUGAAGAAAUUGGAGGCUAAUCAUGCUCAGCUGAUCAAGAGAAACAACUUCAAAGUCCUCAUCUUCCAGGAGGAAAAUGAAAUCCCUUCAAGUGUCUUUGUGAAGGAACCUGCAGCAUUACCUGAAGUGGAGGAGGAGACCCCGAACAUUGAUGCCAACCGUUCUCAAGAAGAGGGCCUUCAGACCAUCGCCCUCUCCUCGGAUGAGGAGCAGGGACCAGAAGAGGGCGAUGAUGAAAUUUUGGCCGCUUUGGACCUUGAGAGUGAAACCAGAGUUGAAAAAUCUCGAGCUGAGAAGAUCAAGCGCUCAAGUCUGAAGAAAGUGGACAGCCUGAAGAAAGCUUUCUCCAGGCAGAAUAUCGAGAAGAAGAUGAACAAGAUCAGCACCAAGAUUGUGUCCCCAGAGAACCGUGAGAAAAUCAAGAAGAGUCUGACACCGAACCACCAGAAGAACCCUAGUGCCAAGAGCUCCUCUUUCAAGGUCUCUCCUCUCACCUUCAACAUCAAGAAGAACCGCAGUGGGGAUACUGAACCAGAGGCUGAGGCCUCAGCUCAAUCCGAGAGCACCAUUGCCUCCAUCGAACUGGCCCCGAUUGAGAGCCCAACUGAAGACCUGUCUUUCAAAGAGGUCCACUCCCAACUUGCACCAGCACAGGAGGAAGUAAAGGCAGCAGUGGAAGCAAUGGAGAAAAAGGAGGUGCCCAAUAUCCUGAAUGGCACAGCCGAGGUUGAGCUGUCGAUCACAGAAGUAAGCGAGGAGUAUGCUCUUUCUGCGACCCUGCCCCAGGACGCCUCCCAGAUAGAGAUGUCCCACAAUGCUUUACAGGGAGAGGAUGAAGAGGAAGGAGAGGAGGAAAUGGAAAAAGAAAGAGUGCAGAGUGAAGACAGCCCUCUAGCAGAAGCUGCAGCUGCAGGCCAAGCGGAGGGUUUUGCUGUAGGCCAAGCAUCCUAAUGUCCUGACCCUCCAUUCCAGCCCCAGGACAUCCUCCUAAGCUGAAAAAAAAAAAAACACUCUCUCCCUUAUCAGUGCCAGCCAUCCCUGCCAUGAACCCAGAUGUCUGCCCUGUCCGCACUGAAUACAGACUUACAAUACAGUCUAUUCAAAGGCAAAA